UUUAUUUGGAGUGCCGCAGCAACUGAAUCGGGCAGCUCACUCACGUUUGUAGCGGUUUCUCAAACCAAGAACGGGUAUUGUAACCAUUACUGUAUUGACCUUUGGACAGAAACCAAGGUUUUGAUACAAUUAUCCAUAGUUUUUACCACAGAGAUGGUUGUAAUAGUAUCCAUAUAGUAACAAUGGUUUAGUAAUAUUAUAGUAAUACUGUUUGAUUGUCCGAGUCACUUGAAUGUUGCCAGAGAUUAUUUAGAACUUGAAGGUUUCCACGACAACGCCGCCUACAACACACAUGCACGAGCUCCUGCAGCGCGUCCGUUUCUGUAGCAACGCCGAACACGCUGACACGAGCACGUCAUGGUCCGAAUCAGCGAGGAUCUGAUCCGCCGCAGAGCAGAGCACAAUAACGGUGAGAUCUUCUCCCUGGAGGAGGUUUCGCUCCAUCAGCAGGACAUUGAGAAGAUAGAGCACAUCCACAAUUGGUGCAGAGACCUCAAAAUCCUCUACUUACAAAACAACCUCAUUCCUAAGAUAGAAAAUGUGAGUAAACUGAAGAAGCUGGAAUAUUUAAAUCUGGCACUGAACAAUGUUGAAGUCAUUGAGAAUCUAGAAGGCUGUGAGAGCUUACAGAAACUGGACCUGACAGUGAAUUUCGUGGGUAAGCUGAGCAGUGUGGAGUCUCUGAAGCAAAACCUUCAUCUUAGAGAGCUCUACCUGGUGGGGAACCCCUGUACUGAGUUCCAGGGAUAUAGAGAGUAUGUGGUUGCAUGUCUGCCUCAACUACAGUGGUUGGAUGGGAAAGCAAUCGGACGAGCUGAGCGUAUUCAGGCCCUGCAAGAACUAGAUGAAGUGAGGAGGCGUGUUUUAGAGCAGGAGGCGGAGUACUUAGAGAAAAGAGAGAAACAGAAGGGGAGUGGCUUGAGAGAAGAUCAGUGCCAAGAUCAGAGCCAUCCUCAAAUAAACCAGUCAGUCUCUGAGAACCAAAAUGGGACACAGACCCACCAGAACCAAGAUUCCAGCUCAAAGUCUGAUACAGACACAGAGGAUCAGGAAAGGGAAUUCUGGGAAAAGCCGUGUCCAUUCACACCAGAGUCUAGGCUAGAGGUUUAUCGCCAUCUGGAGGAGAAAAAACAGGCAAAAGACAGAGAGAGGGAGAAGCCUGAAAUCAAACUCCCCAGAACUCUGAUUACUGCAGAGGGAAGAGUGCUGAACAUCAAUGAGCCCAAGAUGGACUUCAGUCUUACCGAGGAUGAGAACAACAACUGCAUGUUGCUGGAUUUACAUGUUUACAGACAUAUGGAUACCUCACUGCUGAAUGUGGAUGUUCAGCCAACAUAUGUGAGAGUGACUGUCAAAGGAAAGGUGUUCCAGCUGGUUUUGCCUGCAGAAGUGAAACCUGACAGCAGCAUAGCACAGAGAUCCCAAACCACCGGCCAUCUGCUCCUCACCCUGCACCUGGCACAUGGAGAGGUAAAACCCAAGAAACCCAUUGCUAGGCCGACCAGUGUGACCCAUAACCAGAAUACAGAGAAAGAGAAAAGGGCAGCGCCUGGGCGUGAAUUAUUGGAGGUGGAACCUGGUAAAAGUCUGACUGAGUGUCUUGCCAACAUUGUUCCCAAAGGAAAGGACUUUUCCUCCAAACCAAUGCAGUUCUCACAGCCACAGCAUCAUUGUGGUGUCGAGGAGAGACCUUUAUCAAAAGACUUUGUGGAUGAUCCAGAAGUGCCUCCUCUCAUUUGAGCGAUACAGAGAGAGAAGGAAAAUAUGUUAUGAAAUGACACAGCAAGAGAGCAUAAGUGAUAAUCACACACUCUGCUGAGCUUGUGGAAAUGUUUGUGUGAUGAACAAAUGUGAGAUAUAUUUAGCUCUCUUCAUUAGACAUAAAAUCAAGCAGUUGAGUAACUGUCAGUCCCGCUGGCGGAAUUUUUUCAGAACCAUCAUUGUGUGUUCUCUCUCAUAUGCACACGCAUACUCAUUUACAGUCAUGUCUUUCUGCUAUAGGAAUGAGCAAUUAUUUAACACUGUGUGUACUCCAGAUCAGAUCAGAUGUGUCACAACAAAUCUAGAUCCUUUUGUUUAGUUGCAAGUGCAUUACGUAAUGUUACGUGUGGAGAAGAGGUCAGGCUUUUACAGAACUGCCAAGUGAUGAGAUCAUAUCUUUGCAGUAUUUCUAUUUUCUGGAAAGCAAGCAUAUACUCACCCUAUAGUUCACACUGUUUACAGCUUACACACACAAAAGGUCAAACACAUCACAGAACACACACAUUCUUUACAGCUCACACUUAGCAUUUACUUCAGUGUUUCAGUGUUUCAUUCUAGAGUAUUGAAGGCUGUGUCCUUUCCCCGCAUGCUUUAUGUAUGUAUGUGCAGGUGAAUUAUCGCUAUGUGCAGAUGGGCUUUGCUGCUUUCAUUUCCACCUUUAUUAAAAACUCCUGUCAGCAGAUGAGCAAUUUACUUUGCUGCUGACUUUUAAACAUCCCUGUGCUGUGCUGGACUAAAUCUUAUAAAAGCCAGAUCAAAGACGCUUUGGAGAAUGCAGUAAACCCAUUACACUUCAGAGCAUAUCAUUGAUAUAUCAUUUUAAUGAAAUACUUUCAGGCUACACACAUUUAAAAUAAAUAUACAUAUAAUAUACACACAUACAUGUCCCUGAGUAUUCAGUGCUUAUUGUCAGCCAGUUUCUUAACACAACAAAAAUGUUUGUGAA